UAUUCCUAGAACAUACAGCACAAAUAGGGAGUAGGUGAAGAAACAAACCCAAGAUCCGUGAAACGACGACGAACAUGGCCGUUUCAAGCUUCCACCGUGUUUUCACCUUCGAAUGCCGUUCCGAUCCCGAUUUCUCCCUUCCACCCUCCUCCUCUGACAACCUCCGCCGCCGCCAUUUCAAGCCCUCCGCCGUCUCCGCCGCGUUUCACGGCCCCUCCUCCCUCAUCCUCCGUUUCCCACCCAACUUCCAGCGCCAGCUCAGCACCAAGGCCCGCCGCAACUGCAGCAACAUCGGCGUCGCGCAAAUCGUCGCUGCUUCGUGGUCCAACAACAACCCCGCCGCCGGGGCUCCGCUGCCGCACGCGGCCUCCGCCGUCGAUGCUGCAACGUCGCCCCUCCCCCUGGACCUCGCUGCUGACGAACCAGUUGUCGUCGCCGCCGGAAAUGGGGCUGUACAGCCUAACCCCCCUCCUUCUUAUUCUUCAUUUUUGAAAUCCGAUGCAAGCAAAACCAUUCAUGCCGCUGAAAGAUUAGGUAGGGCUAUUGUGACUGAUGCAAUUACCACCCCUGUGGUGAACACUUCAGCCUACUUUUUCAAGAAUACCGCUGAUCUCAUUGAUUACAAGGAGAAACGUCUCGCGAGUUAUGAGUAUGCACGCUAUGGAAACCCAACCAGUACAGUUUUAGAGGAGAAGAUAAGUGAACUGGAGGGUGCUGAAUCAACUGUCGUCAUGGCAUCUGGGAUGUGUGCUAGCAUUGUCUUGUUAAUGGCGUUGGUUCCAGCUGGUGGACAUCUUGUGACCACCACGGAUUGUUACAGGAAGACCAGAAUAUUCAUAGAGACUGUGCUUCCUAAGAUGGGAAUCAAGACCAGUGUAAUUGAUCCGGCAGAUGUUGGAGCCUUGGAAUCUGCAUUGGAGCAGAACAAAGUUUCUCUGUUCUUCACUGAGUCUCCUACCAAUCCAUUCCUCCGAUGUGUUGACAUUAAGCUGGUUUCAGAGCUUUGCCACCGGAAUGGGGCUUUGCUCUGCAUUGAUGGUACAUUUGCAACACCUUUGAACCAGAAGGUCCUUGCCCUUGGUGCUGAUCUGAGUGUGCACUCUUUAACAAAGUACAUGGGUGGACAUCACGAUGCCCUUGGUGGUUCCAUAAGUGGUUCUCUUGAACUGGUGUCACAAAUUCGAAAUUUGCAUCAUAUUUUGGGGGGAGCUAUUAACACGAAUGCUUCCUACCUAUUGAUCAGAGGCAUGAAAACGCUGCAUCUCCGUGUACAGCAGCAGAAUUCCACAGCAUUAAGGAUGGCCAAACUUUUAGAGGCACAUCCCAAGGUGAAGCGUGUUUACUAUCCUGGCUUGCCAAGUCAUCCUGAACAUGAGCUUGCCAUGAGGCAGAUGACUGGUUUUGGUGGUGUAGUCAGUUUUGAGGUAGAUGGAGAUCUGGACACCACAAUAAAAUUUAUUGAUUCACUGAAAAUCCCAUAUAUUGCGCCCUCAUUUGGUGGCUGUGAGAGCAUUGUGGAUCAACCUGCUAUUUUGUCUUACUGGGAUCUUCCUGCGUCAGAAAGGGCUAAGUACAAGAUUUAUGACAACUUGGUUCGGUUCAGCUUUGGAAUUGAAGAUUUUGAGGAUCUGAAGGCUGAUAUCCUGCAAGCUCUGGAAGUUAUAUAGGCAGUUUUCACUAUUCACCUGAUGCUUUUGUUUUUUUCCUAAUUGUGUUCUUUGUUCCCUUUUGUUAUCAUGUCUGGCAAAUCAAUUAAAUUUUGAUCGUCUGAUGUUUUGUUUGUGCUUGUGAUGGUCUAUGAUUUGGAUAUUGAACUUGUGAGUUUUCAAAUUGAAAUUUCCGUUCGACGUUUAA